AUGGAUCAUCCGGGGAGCGUAUUAGCAACGACCACGCAGAACAAACGGCGAACAUUCCUUACCACCCCAACCUUCGACCUUCAAAGGUUUUGGGAGUUGGAAGAGGUGUCAAAGACGCGGCAUUUCUCAUCAGAGGAACAGGAAAGUGAACAUCACUAUCGGGAUCAUGUCAGGCGAGAUAAAAACGGUCGCUAUAUCGUCGCGCUUCCAUUCAAUGAAAAGAAGACGCAACUCGGCGAAUCUCGAUCGCGCGCCCUGAACCGCCUUCUUUCGUUAGAACGCAAAUUCCAACGAGAUCCGGAAUUGAAACGCGAAUAUUCGGACGUCAUGAAGGAAUAUCUCGACCUAGGGCACAUGAGCGAAGUGGAACCACGCGACUCGGAGGGUUUCUACCUGCCCCAUCAUGCGGUCAUCAAACUUACCAGCACGACCACCAAGACUCGUGUCGUUUUCGAUGGUUCGGCCAAAUCCAGCAGUGGACUGUCAUUGAAUGACACGCUGUUAACGGGACCGACCAUUCAAAACGACAUCUUCGCACAUCUGAUUAGGUUCAGAUCUCACGCGUAUGUCCUGACCGGGGACAUCGAGAAAAUGUACCGACAAUUUCUUAUGCGAAGCGAAGACCGUCGGUAUCAACGAAUCUUGUGGCGAGACGACACCGGCAAAAUCAGAACGUACGAACUUGGCACCGUCACAUUCGGAUUGACCUCUGCACCAUUCCUUGCCGUCAGGAGCAUCCACCAACUAGCGGACGACGAAAGGAUUAAUGCUCCAGCCGCAGCAACUGUUCUUCAGCGCGAUUUGUACGUGGACGAUUUAUUAACCGGAACGGACACUUAUAACGAGGCGACGAUUCUACGCGAGCAAAUAAUACGAUUGCUCGGAUUGGGUGGAUUGCAUAUUCGACAGUGGGCUUCAAACGAACCACAGCUCCUAACGGGACUUCCAGAAGCUCAAAUCCACACCAAAUACUUCGGAGACGCAACGGUCAAGACUCUUGGUGUUUCAUGGCAAGCGCACAACGAUCGCAUCGUCUAUUCCGUGGAUCCGAAUAUCGAUACAAGAGUAACGAAACGAACAAUCUUGUCCACCAUCGCGAAGAUAUUCGACCCCCUAGGUCUGCUGGCACCUGUUAUCACGACCGCGAAGAUACUGAUGCAGCAGCUUUGGAGAUUAAAACUCACAUGGGACGAAUCGCUACCUGCCAGCAUCCACACUGAAUGGACCACCUACGUCAACGAACUACAGCAAUUAAAUCAGACAUCAUUCGAACGCCAUGUCUGUCAGCGGGCCAUUCGGAGCCUGGAAUUACACGGAUUCUGCGACGCAAGCGAGCGAGCGUACGGUGCUUGCUUAUAUAUACGGUCAAUCGACGAACGCGGCCGAAUCAAAAUGAGCCUGUUAUGUGCCAAAUCCCGCGUCGCGCCCCUUAAAAUCGUAAGCCUCGCGAGAUUGAAACUGUGCGGAGCAGUACUUUUGGCAUCAUCAUUGUUUACAACCGUUCGGGAAAUCAACGCCUUUCCCUUUGAAUCCGUAAAAUUCUGGACCGAUUCAACGGUGAUCCUGAGCUGGCUAAGAAGAGAACCAUGCACGCUGAAAACGUUCGUGGCGAAUCGAGUGUCCGAAAUUCAAACAAAAACAGACGUCGCAGCGUGGCAUCAUGUCAGAUCCAAUGGCAAUCCAGCUGACCUCAUGUCGCGAGGACAAUCACCAGCGGAUUUCUUGAAGAAUUCGCUUUGGCGUCAUGGACCGAAAUAG